UUAUGGGUCACGUUCAGUUAGAUGUGAUAAAAGGCGUUUGAGUUUGGUCGAAAUCUUCGAAUUUGUCUGUUUCAUUCUGAAUUGCUGAUAUCUGUAGAAAAGCUUUGCAAAAUAUUAUACCAUUGUAUUGCAAAAUUUAUAACUACUGCUUGAAAUUGUGCAAACAUAUGUCAUAUGUGCAAAGUUUCUCUGAGUAUUGAUUAUUAAAUUCACUUUUCUAGUGAAUUCUUUUUUAUAUACGAUAGAUGAAAUAUUAUUAGAUUUGUGCAUACAUAUACACGUACACAUAAUAAACGAUUUAUUGUUUAAAGUUCUAGUAAAUGUGUGACAUUGUUGAUGUGACAUUUAAAAAGGAAGAAACACUUCUCUAAAUGAACAAGUGGAUAUAUCGAUUAAUAAAAAUUAUUAGAAUAAUUAUUAUUAAUUAUUGGGAUAAAAUUAUUAAUUAUUUCUAAUAAUUAUAAUUAUUAAUUAUUGGAAAAUUAUAUUAUUGUGUAUAUUAGCAAUAAUGUAUGUGCAUUUUUAUUUCCUCUUUAAUUUUAUUCAACAAAUGUGACAAACUUUUUGUACUAACAAUUAAUUAUAAAAUAUUGAUCUAGAAUGCAUUUCUUGAAUCUUACAAUUAGAGCAACAUAUGUAUUCAGGUAAACAAAUAGAGGGUUUUUAUAAGACUUAUUAUAUAAAUCUUCCCUAUAUUUCUUGCAUUAAUAUUGAAAAUUCAUAUGUGUUGAGUUAAAGAUCUAUACAAGUAUAAAUAUUUGUUUAAUUUGCAUUAGAACAUGAAUUUAUACAUUAGCAGUAGAUAAUUUUACAUCAAGAUAAACCUUUUAUGUUAAUCUUAUUAUAUUAUUUGCAUUUUCAAAUGCAAAUUUUGAAAACUUACAGGAUCUGCAAUAUAUAGUUAAUAUAUAGUACUAAUAUAACACUGUCUUUUCUUUUUCUAUUUUUCUGUAUAUAGAGGAAAAAUAUUUGAGAAGUACUUGACAAGAAAAUACUGGAAAAUAAUAUUAAAAAUAUUUAUCGAUUUUUAACAAUAUUGCGAGUUUAUAUUAAGUAUCUUGAAAUGAUGCAUUGAUAAAUGUUCACAGAUAUCUUCUGAAGGAGCGGGGUCAAUAAUCCACGAAGAUAAUUAUCGAUAACAAUGACGAUCGAUGAGGAAGGAGCCGGUCACGCCGGCGACAUCGGUGACUUUGCUCCAGAAAAUAAUGCCGCCACAUCAAUUCGAACGAUCGACCAUACAGCUGCGAAUGAUCCGAUCGGCCCAGCGAGCCAUGUGCAGCCUCGUCAGACCGACCCCGACAGUUCCGAUUGGAGUGAGGGCAACCCCCUUCUGGCCGAAAGCGCGAUAUUGACGAUCGAUGCGUCGAUCGGGAAGUCAAAAAGAGUUCACAAAGCGGAGGAAGACACGAUGAAUGUCGGGAACGCGACACGAAAAGAGCCAGACGAGAAUCUUGUGAACGAGCCGACGAGGAUGAUUGUUGGACCGCCCGAUGGCGGCCUGAGGGCCUGGAUGAUUAUGGUCAGCAGCUUCACGAUCAACGGCGUGCUCUUUAGCAUCAUCAACACGUAUUCCCUCAUUUAUCCGGAGCUGCAGAAACGACUCAUGGAGGCCGGUGAGACUGAAGUAUCUUACAAAGCAGCUUUGGUUGGCUCGUUAACUAUCGGAAUCACAUUCCUCUUAUCACCGAUUUCCGGUAUAUUAACGGACAUGUUCGGCAUCCAAGUAACCACCUUCGUAGGUGGUGCGAUCGCGUCUGUUGGCAUGCUUCUUUCCUCGCUGUUAACAGAUAAGGUGGAACUGCUCUAUUUAACAUACGGCGUUAUGUACGGUCUUGGUGCAAGUCUCGCUUACACCCCGAGCCUGGCGAUAUUGGGUCACUACUUCAAGAAGUAUCUCGGCUUGGUGAACGGCAUCGUCACGGCCGGAAGUUCCGUAUUCACGGCGGUCAUUCCGUUCCUCAUGGAAUACCUGUUACGGCGUAUAGGUCUGGAAGGAACAUUGAGAAGCCUGGCCGCACUCACGGCCAUUGUCAUGGCUUGCGCGGUUCUUUUCAAGCCGAUACCACCAAAUAUGCCACAGGAAGGUGAACAACACAAAACAUCGCUACGAAAUGGUCUUAAAAAACUCGUAAAUGUAUCUAUUUGGAAGAAAAAACGAUAUGUCGUAUGGGCUGUCUCUAUUCCUCUCGCUCUUUUUGGGUAUUUCGUCCCAUAUGUGCACAUAGGAAAAUUCGUGUCUAUGACCUUCAAGGAUGCCGAUAGUAAACUACCGGUUAUGUGCAUCGGUAUAGCUUCCGGUAUUGGCCGUUUAGUUUUCGGCUACAUAGCUGACUUGCCGAGAGUGAAUAGAAUAUUCUUACAACAGAUAUCAUUUAUAAGUAUCGGCAUUUUCACGAUGUUUCUUCCGUCCACUAAGUCCUUCUUUGUCCUCCUGACUAUCUCGCUAGGCAUGGGAUUGUUCGAUGGAUGCUUUAUAUCGUUACUUGGUCCGAUCGUAUUCGAUAUCUGCGGUCGCAGCGGCGCGGCUCAGGCCAUUGGAUUUUUAUUAGGAAUGUGCUCUAUACCUUUAACAGUUGGUCCACCCAUCGCUGGACUUCUGUACGAUCAUACUGGUUCCUACGAUCUGCCUUUCCUGUUAGCCUGCAUUCCUCCGAUAGUGGGGGCGUUGGCAAUGUUCCUGAUAUACUUCGUUAAAGACGAUGAAAGUUCAGAUGAUCCAUCUCCAGAAAAUCCUUCGAGUAAAACGAAUUGCCAGAAUGGGAAGAUGAGGAAUAAUGGUUCCUUACCGGUGUUCGUUAUAGAGCAGAAAUGUGAAUCGGCAGUGCAAGAUAAGUAUAGAAAGAUGUACAAAAAUCUGCAACCGUCUCAUCAGCACUAUCGCGUCAAGAAACAGGCUGCAUUGCGAACAUGUUUGACGUAUGAUAACUGUAAACAUGAGUACGGCGAUCAUUAUAUGUAUUCAGAGAGCGUACCUUUGCUUCACAAAGAAAAAGACCCACGAUGUUCGAUAGGUUUUUUCGGACGAUCAUUGACGCUUCUCACAUUCUGAGUUCGCAUCUUGAUAUCGCAAGUUCUUCCGCUGCGAAAUUUCAUUAUUCAUUAUCUAUCUCUUAAAUGAAAUUGAACAUGCAAUUUUUUGAGAGAAAUAUUUCUUUUUAUACCAUCAUAUUUUUUUAUAUAAAAUGAGAAACAGUAUAUAUAUACACAACAGUAUAUAUAUACGUGUAAACGUUAUGUGUAAUGUAUGUAUAUGUAUGAGGAAUACAUUAAUUUUUACUUGAUAUAUACAUAAUGAUUUAUUUUUUAUUAUAGCGAUUAAUAUUUUAAUAAUUAAUAUUAAGCGAUAUCGAUUUUUUUAUUAAUCUCGCUCUCUGAGAGAUGUCAAUUACUGUUAUCGUAGCAUAUUCCGAAAUAUGUAUCUAGUUUUGGAGAAACGUACUUAUCAAAAUGAUCAAUUUAAUCAAUUCAUACAAGUCAAAACAGUGAAACAUUGAACGUUAAAGAAAAUGCAGAAAUAUAUAUUAUAUACGAUUUAAAUAAUAUAUUUAUUAAAACCGUAUAUCAUCUCUCUUUGGUUAAAAGAAAGCUAUUUUAUAAAAGUGCAUACACAAUAAUUACAAUUAUCUCAAUUAGAAUGUGCCUAGUAAAAAUAAAAAAAUGCGAUUAUAGCAAAACGAAGGAUUUUACUACUUACAAAAAAGUAGUGGGUAUAUACUAGUGAUACUAUUCAAUAUUUAACUUUAUGUAGAAUUAACAAAAAAUGAAUAAAAUUCUCGACAGGAAAAAAUAAAGAUAUUAUAUAAAUUACACAUAAAUUUUGCGUAAAUCCCAGCACUGGUCCAAAUCAUAAUCAUGGGCACGUGAGUGUAACAUGUUUAUAGCAAGUGUCAAUAUCGGUUUAAUGAUAAAAUUCCUUCACAGAUUACAGUUUGUAUAAUAAUGCUAAUAGUACUAAAUUGUUUAAUUAUAUAUGGAUAGACAUUAGGUAGUCCCAAUGUUUCAAAAUGUUAAAAUAGUAAUAUCUUCGUAAUAUUGCAGGGUAUAUAUUAUAAAUAUUGUAGUCAGCAUAAAUUUGAUAGUAUAAAUUAUAAAUUUCUAUAUAAGCAUGAUUAAUAAUGCACAAUUUUUUAUGUUGAGAGAUACAGUGAUACAACGCUUUCCUUACGUGUGCAUUAUUAAUUAAAAUUUAAUUCCAAAUUACAUUUUUAACAUGUACAAGAUUAAAUAGUUUUAAACAAUUAUAAUUUGAUUAAUACCAAUAUGUCUUUUUUCAACCAAAAAGCAUUUAUUUUUUAUCUUUAAUAUAUUAAUUAUGCAAAUUUUGUCAAUUGUAUUAUAGGUAUAAUUGAUAAUAAUAUUAUUGCCGAUUGUUAUUUAACAAUUUUCAGAAUAUAAUGAUGUCAAAGCAUGUAAUCGUAAUAAAUACGUUUUAAUAACUUUCAAUAAAAUAUAUUUUGUUAUAAAACC